UUUGAUCACGGCAUUUGUGACGGCGUUCAUCAAACACCUUGAGAACCCUCUGCAACUUCGGCACCGCAAAAAUGCAUCCCCGCCGAAGACUCGAGGUCCCACCUGUGAAAGCUGCUUGCUUAGCAUGUCGCGCUUCGAAGGCUCGCUGCAAUGGACAAAACCCAUGCAAUCGGUGUAGCGUCAACGGGAAAGUGUGCAAAUUUAUCCCCAGUCAGAGGGGAAGGGUUGUACGAGCACCAGUGACACCGCCAUCGACGCAUAAAUCGUCAGAAUCACCUGCGAGCAUAGAGGGUCCGGAGGGCGAUGGCCCGUACAAAAGACCCAGGCUUUCGUCUGGCCCGCGAGGACCAUUGCACCAGCGAAGCGGAGAUGGCUCGACUAAUAUCCGAAUUCAUACCAAUGGUCAAGCACUUAUUGAUGCAUACUAUCUAUUGAUUCAUCCUUGCUAUCCCGUCUUACCUCCACCAGUCGCCACUAUCGCAGACAAGGAGCAGGCCCAAUCGGUACAAGAGCCCGAGUUCACUCGGUCACCGCUUGCUCAUGCUAUUGCUGCUCUUGUUGCCCUCGUGCCAAAAGGAACUUGUCGGGAUCGUAUAGCCCGACAUGACUAUGCGGAGCAUUGUUCUGACUUAGCCCUGAGAGCCAUUGACUGGGAUAUGGACGCACCCGAGCCGUUACUGCGAAAUAGAUUCCAUCACGACGUGCCUGUGCACCUAGAAAGUACGAUUGCAAAUUUUCUAGUUGCUGUCUACGAAUACAACUACCGUGGGAGCAUGAUGAGAGCGCGCACAAGGAUGGCAUCUGUGAUCACUAUGGCCAUGGACCUGGGUUUGCACGGUAUCAAUAUCGACACAACGGCGGACUCUGAAUGCAAACGGAGGGCUUGGUCCAUGAUUCUCUUCUUCGCAAACAAGCUGUCGAUUAUCCAUCAUUUGCCGCCUCUCAUGACGAUUGGAGAUCCCAGAUUUAAGACACCUCCGCCAACCCUAAGUAUUGUUCCAGAACCUUGGGAAGCCAUAUUGGGAGCACAAGACAUACUUCUCAUAUCGCAAGCAAGACCCCCAUCGCCCAAGGAGCUCGAGGCACUUGAUGCAACUGUAUCAACGUACAUACAAAAUCUCGAUCGACCGCCUACCGGCCGCGAGCCCAUCGACGCUGAAGGUUUGGCAGCUCACAACUGGUGGGCUGUCGGUCGCAUUGUUGUGCACAGUGCCCGAAUCAGGCUACAUCGUCCAUCAGCGUUUGCUGACAUCCCAGCAUUUGUGAACAAGCACUGCGAUAUGACUGCCCUACAAGAUGCGAAACAUUUCCCGAUCCCUACUACUAAUUGUCAUGAGCUUCCUUCGCCAGAGUCGUUGGCAGAUAGUCCUAAGACCAAUGAAUGGCCAGAUGCCGAGGCUACUGGUCCCUUCAGCGCCCGAGGCUCCGCCGACAUAUGCCUCAAGUCUGCAUUCAUCGUCUUGCGCAUGUUCCGUUAUCUGACGGAAGUCCUUGUGGACCGACAUUUACAAAUGCCCGGCACGUAUGGCGCGAGCGAGGACGAGAGGAGAGCGAUCAAAGCCUCGGUACCGAUCACAAUGCCACUCAUGGCCUGUAGUGCGAUGCAAGCAUGCUACGUUAUGAUAAUGACGCUUUACAAGGUCAAGUUCACGCUGAUAGCCGAUCAGACUUCUGAAGACUCGACUUUGAAAUCCGACUUGAGCUUUCAGGACACCGAGCGAUUGGUUGAGGAGCUGAGGCACGGCGUAAGAGACAGCCUGCACAUGCUUCAGAAGUACGGAACUGAGUUCGCGCAUGUCGGACCUAUGUAUGAAGAGCUCAAGAUGGUUCAUCAGGUUGCCUUUCUCGACGUCUGAUCAAUGGUUCAACUCAUGCUCUAGGCGCGGCCUCGGCAUUCAGAUUAUUUGAGACGCCAAAGCGGGGCAAAGCCGAACCCAACUCCCAGCGACAAAAGAUGCUACCCA